AUGGAGACGCCACAAUCAAUGAUGCACCAUACACCGGAUCAACAACAAUAUGUGCAGACUCCACAACAACAAGAGUCGUUAGCUUCUCAUUUUAAUUUAUAUCAUUCGGUGGAAAAAUUAUCAGAAGCGACUGAAACUGGAACACGAGAUCAUAAUUCUGAUGCCCUGUAUGUUGAUGACCAAAAGGGAAAACUAGAAGAAACUGAACAAUUGCUUCAACAAAGAAAGGAAUUGAUCGAACAAUAUAAGAAAUCUCUUGAAGAGAUUGUGAAGAAAGAGCCUUAAUUCCCUUCCCCUAACAUGUUUUGUAUAUACAGUACAAUUCUUUUUUUACUCUUCCAGCAAUUUAGGUUUUAAAUACCAAGAAUUAUAAUCAGUAUAUAACCCCAUCACAUUA